AUGCCUCAGCAGUUAAGUCUUUACUAUCGUGAUCCUCAAGGGGAGAUUCAGGGACCAUUUCUUGGGGUAGACAUCAUAUCAUGUAACAUUGUUGGGUUACCAGUUUCAAUACUUCUAUUGAAGGAAGAUGUAACAGUUACUAUUGUUCAUCCGCGUACAGAGGAUCUAGAAAGUAUGAUUCAGGAGGCAUACAUUUUUAUUGCUGCUAUUGGACAACCCAUGAUGGGUAGUUGGAUAAAAAGUGGGGUUGUGGUUAUUGAUGUGGGGAUGAAUGUGGUCGAUGAUGCUACCCGAAACUCAGGAUAUAGGCUUCUUGAAGAUGGGGACAUUAUCUGCUUCCAAAAACCUCUCAAGGGCGGAACUGUAAAAAACCACAAUCAAGAUGUUCCAUCUUUUCUGGAAUAUGUUCAUAAUCAUCAGGUUGUACGCUUUCUUUCACUAGAGAAACCAAAAGAGGAUGAGUUCUCAUCGGAACUAUAA